AUGCAAUUUCUUGCUUCCACUCUAUCCAUUUUCGGCAUGUUAACGCUUGCCGUCGCUGCUCCUGCCUCAGCAGACGAACCGCCCUCUCUUACGGCACUAUUCCAAGAGCUCCGAGACUUCCGCUGCGAGACUGGCGGCUUGAACACCCGGGCCAUUUUAUCGACCGAAGCCGGAAAGUGUCUCAAAUUUAAAAAUCCCCUGGACACUUCAGGUGUCAAGCUUACCUUUCUAAAGCCUGAGUGUUACCUACUAGUUCAUCUCGACGACAAUUGCCAGGAACUCGCUGUUAAUGUAACUAGGGGACCUUAUUGCUUGGGCGAUGAUGUCCGCACCUAUGGCUCAGCUAUUGUGGGAUGCUAG